AUGACGUUGAUGGCGGGAAUUGCCACGAGUAUGGCAGAAAGUACAGAUUAAAGUACUAUAGAGAAGAGUUCAGUUGAGAGGGCCUCUCGAAUCCUCUUGAUCUUUAAAAGGGUCAAUGCCUAAAGGCCUAAAGGCUUAAAGGCCUAAAAAUAAAAUGCCUAAAGGCCUAAAAAUAAAAUGCCGUUUUUCAGAGCACAAGCGGAUUGAACGCUCAUUCGACGACUGCUCCAGAUGCAUCGACAGCUCCCGCCUCGCAAAACACAACAUCAUCGCAGUGGGCAUCAACGUAAGAAUUUCCUCCUCCCAUCCAGAGUCUUUCUUCCUUUCUUCCUUAUUCUCUUCUUUCUUUCGGUUGCCAUUUCCGAAGUGAUUGUCUCGCUUACAAAGUGACCCGACCCGAAGUUGUAAAAACGGUAAUAAUGGCGGGAGGAAGUUCUUUGCUUUGAAGUGUCCGGUCUUGUUGGCGUCAGCGAGAUUCUCAGUGCCGACGAAGGAAGUUACUCACUAAACAUACCGAUGCGUAUCUGAGUUGAGAUGGAAAUCUAUUUCUCGAGGUUGCGUGUACUUGUCGAGAUGGUUCCAUCUCUAAUUCGAAACUGAUCACAAAUCGAGCGAGACGACGUGCCGAUUCUGAACUAAUGCAUUGCUUUCACAGCUUGCACACUUUAUCUCUCUUCGUAGAACACACGGGAACACACAAAAACACUCAUGCAGUUAAAUAGUUCGUUGGUGUUUGGUUCGUAAUGAGGGUUCUUGAACGAUCAUUCAUCCAGGCGACCGCCCAUCGUGAAUGAAUAGUUAGAAUAGGUUUCGGCACGACAGACACUCAAAUAGCAUUUUGUUAGUUGAUCAAUUUGCAUUUUGCUGAUCUCUUCUUCGAAUAAUUGUUUUCUCUUAGUCGAAUGAUCAGGGCCAAUGAUUCACAGAAAUGAGAAGGAUUACUGUUGGAUUCGUUUCAGACGUACUUGGCAGUUGUGGAAUGGGACGGCCUGGAUGACGAGCACCUGAUAAUUGUGCCGAAUCAGCACUGUUCGAGUACAAUCCAAACGGAUGAGAAUGUGUGGGACGAAAUGCGAUUGUGGCGCAAAGGUCAACAGUAUCCCAUCUAACUGUGUCUAAAUAUCGUAUUUUCAGGGCUCGUGGCUCUCUGGAAAGAGCAGAAUCGUGACUGCAUUUUCUUCGAAAUGUCCCGCCACGUGGACUCGAACCCUCACGUAGUCAUCGAGUGCGUUCCGGUCGAUCAGGAAAUCGGAGACAUGGCUCCGAUCUACUUCAAGGUUUGCCGCAUUCCAUUUUUGUGUUAACAAAAACCACAACAAAAACAUGUCGGGGUGUAAAUUGGUUUAAUCGCGCGAAAUUGCUCGUAAUUAACGGCGAAAGAGACGAGACGCAGUAGCGAUGAAAAUUCGUGGAAUGCGGGCGACCGACUUGGCAGUAGGACGAUCGGAACGAAUCGGAGAGCGACUAAUCGACAGUAAUCUUCGGUCAUUCGUCGCUUGCCACGUCAACACGAGGAAGUUCAUUGCGGUCGUCCGCAUUGCUUCUCCCAUCAAAACAAAAAGCAGAGUCACGCGCCGCCGAAGGGAUCAGAUCAUCCCCUCGCGAUAACGAAAAGUAGUUGAAGUGGGAGAAGACGAUGAAGAUGUCGUUAUCAAUUUUGGUCAGCUUUUUUUGGGCGACCGACAUCUCAACGCAGUCAUCUGAUCUCCUCCUUCCCGCUCAUUUAUGGAAUGAUAUCUCUCCGCUUCUACCCAAACCGAACAUCACGCGGACACAAACGAGCGCUGAGCGAGUUCUUCACAGUGUUAAACUUUUCUGCUGACGCAACCGCGCUUUCACUGAAUCUGCAGAUGUACUUUUGCGGCUGAAAGCCUGCCUUGAUUUACGAUCUCUCAGACUCGUCAAUAAAUUGUGCAAAUCGGAGUUGUCAUUUCAGAACGCGCGGAGAUUCGCAUCUCUUUUUCUUCUCCCUUUUCGAUGCGAAUCGGCCCCGGGAGGUCUGCAAGAAAUCGUUGUCGCGCCACGCAUUUCGAAAGUUCACAUUCCGACGAAUCGGCCUCCAAACCGGGCACAGAUGCGUACCUUUUUUAUGCGCGUGUGUUCGGAGAUUAUCAGAUUUAUCACACCGAAUUCCUAGUCGGACGAGGCAGCGCAAAUUUUGUUCGGGGAAAGGGUUCGAACCGUACCGCAAGUGAUUGAUGAUUGAUUCGCGCGCUGUUUUCGGUGGCUUAGGACAAACGAGACACUCUGGCGCCGCAUUCUGAAUCAUUCGAUGCGAUUCUAGGGGCAGAUACGAAAAGAUUAGCUUAGACUCUAAGCCUUAGAGACAAUCAGAAACUGAAAUGCGUUUCUUUUCAGAAGGCGAUCAACGAAUGCGAGGGCGAGUACAUGGACAACAAGAAACUGAUCGAAACGAAGGAUCUUCGGCGUCAAAUUCCGAAGGGAUUCAGCUAUUUUGCAGUUGACUUCGGACUCUCCAACGGAUACGCACACGCCAUUGAGAGCCACGAUCACUUCCCGGCCACCUUUUCCACCGUAAUUCGGCUAUUUUCGGUCAAAUAAUUCAAGUGUUCUUCAGGAAAUAAUCGCUGGAAUGCUCGACUUGCCCCCGAAGAAGUGGAGGAAGCGGGAGACGGACGAGAUGUCGAAGCAAAAGGCCCGAGCGGAAAAGUUCAAAGAGCUGUGGGAGCCGUACGAUUGGACCAAACGACUUCGCAAAGAAGACUCAUAA